GCAAGUUUUCUAUUUACGUUUCUUGACCAACUGUGAAAGAAUCACAACAUGCGAAUGCAAUGUUCAACCGAUAACCGUCAAAAGGAUUUUACUUGGCAGGUGGGGCGACCAUCAAAUUUACCCCUAUGACUGAGAAAGCGUUCACAACACAGCGGGGCGGCAAAUUCAGUACCAACAAGAACUUUAUUCGGAAUCAUCGUUUCAGUGUGUCGUGAAAUUCAAGAUUUAUACUGUGUAUAUGUUUUUGUGUGUGUUUUCAAAACUAAAUAAACCAGAAAUGCAGAAAAAUUGAAGCUUGGAAGGGUUCUGGGUUGUGGGGGAAAGAACGAAAGAAAGAAGAAAGGAAGUCUGUUGGUGAUGAAGUGGGAGGGAUUUGCAUAUGCAGCAGGAGCAGCUGUUGGACACAGCUGCAUCGAUGUCAGCAGGAAAAUGGCCUCCCAGCAUUUCAACCCUGUAGAGCUCAUUGCUCUGGUGGGUCUCCUCGAUGCGCUUUUGCUCUCUGCUUUUGUUUGGAUUUUUGGUUCGAAGGAGACAAUUAGAUCUCUGUCUUCUGUGUGGGAAGGGCAUAAUGGAGAUGAAAAACUGCUGAGAAUUCUGGUGAUAAGUGCAGGACUGAAGGUGAUGGCAGGGUUCAUGUAUCAGAGGGCUUUGCAGGUCUCUCCCAUGUCUGUCACCAUCCCAUAUCUGGCCUUUACACCUGUUUUACUUGUUUUCACCAGUUAUUUUUUGAUGAACGAGUUACCCAGUGCCAGGGGGCUCUUGGGUGUUGUGGUGGUUACUGUGGGAGGCUACAUGCUUGUUCUUGAUCGCUCAUUGGAUGCCCAUGCCAAGACCGCUAUCAACAAGGGAGACGAACCAGAAGGCUCACUCGAUGUUUCUUGGCCUGCAGAAACAAAGAAGCUCUCUUCUUUCAAGUCUUUCUCUCGUUGGGUCGUUACCAGCCACGUUUUUGAGCCACUUUUGGCACUGAGGAGGGAAGAGGGUAGCCUUCUAAUGCUUGGUGUUGCGGGAGUGUUUAGCAUCAGUAAUAGUUUGGACAAAAUGGGAGCACACUUGUCUCCAUCACCAGUUUCAUUUGCAGCAGUUCAACGUGUUAUUAUGGCUAUACCAGUUGUCUUUUAUUUGAUCCUUGUAAGUCCCAGAUCCUUUAAGCAUCUAUUCCGUUGGUUCCCUGCAUUUUUGAUCGUUUCUUUUUUCGAAGUAGUGGCAUUUAUCUGCUAUCUCAAGAGCUUGGAGUCUUUGCUGGUUUCCUAUGCAAUUGCGGCAAAGAGGAGUAACGUUCUACUGUCAGUUAUAGUUGGAAGAGUAGUAUUCAAGGAGAAGAUUUGGAAAAAGCUCCCUUUUGUCAUUUUGAUGGUUGUGGGAAUGAUACUCAUUGUUCUAGCUUAAGGUGUGAUAUAUAUAUCAUACGCAGCAAUUUGAAGAAGAUAAAGUGGAUACAUCAGAUUUAAGUAAAUACACAUACACAAUAUAGAAUCCAUUGAAAAAAUUCAUUCAUUCAUUGCCCGCAAGAUGGAUAUGGGAACCCCUUUGAAGGGGGCAUCAAUUGGGCAAUGAAAAUCGAGAUUAGUGAUUUUAUAAUGUUAAUCGUUGAGAGAUGCAAAUCAUGCGAUCCCAUAGUCUCAUGAGCCAUUGCUUGUUUUUGUUAUGCAAGCAUGCUCACAUUGCCUUUUUUAUUUAUAUUGAAGGGCAAUUGGUGCUUUGGCAGUAAAACUGCCACUCUAAUUGCCCUUAUGAUUUAUUGUUACAAAUUUUUAAGUGAAGCUUCUCCAGUUUCAGAUUUGAUCUGGGGUUCCACGCAAAAGAAAUUUUGUUCGGAUUUCAUACAUAUUGAGCACAAUAAAAUGUAUUCGUGCAUCUGCCAUUUUGAGUCUAUGCGCUCAAAGUUCAGUAACAUUAUGUCAUUAUAUAUGAAGUCCCAACUACUCUUUUGAGUGAAGAGGUACAUGCACAAAGUAAGGAAGAUCCAUGUAUGAAGAGUCACAGUUACUAUGGUAGGUAA